UCUCCCUCAGCAACGGUAAAGGCCGGUUUGCGACUUGUUCUCUUAGCCAACUAUCAGGUAUAAAGGUCGCCUGUUCACGAGCCGAAACCAGAAGCAUCUGCUCCUCCACCGGAUUAGGACCACCGCCACUAUGCUGCGUGCCUGCAUUGUCCUCGCCUUGGCCACCUGUGCCUUUGGUCACCCACCCAGCAGCUACACCCUCGCCAGUAACGUCGGUUAUGGCGUCGGCUAUGGCAACCUCGGCUAUUCCGGCCUCGGCUACGGUGGCCUUGGUCUCUCCCAUUACGGCCUUUCCCAUGGAGUUGGCUACUCCGGCCUGACUGGCUACGGUGCUGGCUACGGAUACGGAUACGCCCCAUCCGCCAGCUACGCUGUGGCUGCCCCAGCCGUUUCCCACACCGUCUCCACCUACCACACUGCUCCAGCCGUGACCGCUGUCCACGCUGCCCCAGCCGUGACCGCUGUCCACGCCGCCCCAGCCGUGACCGCUGUUCACGCCGCCCCAGCAGUGACCACUGUCCACGCUGCCCCAGCUGUCGCCACCUACGCCGCUGCCCCAGCUGUCACCAGGGUGGUCCAGUCCGCUCCAGUUUUCGCUAGCUACGCCGCUGCUCCAGCCGUGACCACUGUCCACGCUGCUCCAGCUGUUCAUACCGUCCACGCUGCCCCAGCCGUGACCGCUGUUCACGCUGCUCCAGCCUUCGCUACCGUCCAUGCUGCCCCAGCUGUUGCCACCGUCGCCCACGCUGCCCCAGCCGUUGCAACUUACAGCGUUGCCCAUGCCGCUCCAGCCGUCGCCACCUACGGUGUUGCUCACGCUGCCCCAGCUUACUACGGCUAUGGCGUUGGCUCCCUUGGCUAUGGUGCCGGCAGCUACGGCUACGGCCAUGGUCUCCUUGGCUACGGCCUGAACUAUGGCUACGGCCUUGGCUCGCCUCUCAGCUACUCCACCCUCCUCCGCAAGAAGAAGUAAAUUUACCCAUUCCUGACCCUCUGUAUGGACAGAAUUCACAAAGCAAUGCAGCAGCUUGUUUCGAGUUUGCAAUCAAGUUUAUUGGCUCUCACUUCAUAAUAAAGUGUUCUAUCAAAGAUGCCUGACUGUUUACAACGGUAUCA